GAUAGCAGGCUUUAAGGAGGAAGGGACGAGGGACAUGUGGAUAGCAGGCUUUAAGGAGGAAGGGACGAGGGACAUGUGGAUAGCAGGCUUUAAGGAGGAAGGGACGAGGGACAUGUGGAUAGCAGGCUUUAAGGAGGAAGGGACGAGGGACAUGUGGAUAGCAGGCUUUAAGGAGGAAGGGACGAGGGACAUGUGGAUAGCAGGCUUUAAGGAGGAAGGGACGAGGGACAUGUGGAUAGCAGGCUUUAAGGAGGAAGGGACGAGGGACAUGUGGAUAGCAGGCUUUAAGGAGGAAGGGACGAGGGACAUGUGGAUAGCAGGCUUUAAGGAGGAAGGGACGAGGGACAUGUGGAUAGCAGGCUUUAAGGAGGAAGGGACGAGGGACAUGUGGAUAGCAGGCUUUAAGGAGGAAGGGACGAGGGACAUGUGGAUAGCAGGCUUUAAGGAGGAAGGGACGAGGGACAUGUGGAUAGCAGGCUUUAAGGAGGAAGGGACGAGGGACAUGUGGAUAGCAGGCUUUAAGGAGGAAGGGACGAGGGACAUGUGGAUAGCAGGCUUUAAGGAGGAAGGGACGAGGGACAUGUGGAUAGCAGGCUUUAAGGAGGAAGGGACGAGGGACAUGUGGAUAGCAGGCUUUAAGGAGGAAGGGACGAGGGACAUGUGGAUAGCAGGCUUUAAGGAGGAAGGGACGAGGGACAUGUGGAUAGCAGGCUUUAAGGAGGAAGGGACGAGGGACAUGUGGAUAGCAGGCUUUAAGGAGGAAGGGACGAGGGACAUGUGGAUAGCAGGCUUUAAGGAGGAAGGGACGAGGGACAUGUGGAUAGCAGGCUUUAAGGAGGAAGGGACGAGGGACAUGUGGAUAGCAGGCUUUAAGGAGGAAGGGACGAGGGACAUGUGGAUAGCAGGCUUUAAGGAGGAAGGGACGAGGGACAUGUGGAUAGCAGGCUUUAAGGAGGAAGGGACGAGGGACAUGUGGAUAGCAGGCUUUAAGGAGGAAGGGACGAGGGACAUGUGGAUAGCAGGCUUUAAGGAGGAAGGGACGAGGGACAUGUGAAUAGCAGGCUUUAAGGAGGAAGGGACGAGGGACAUGUGGAUAGCAGGCUUUGAGGAAGGGACGAGGGACAUGUGGAUAGCAGGCUUUGAGGAAGGGACGAGGGACAUGUGGAUAGCAGGCUUUGAGGAGAAAGGAACGAAGGACAUGUGGAUAGCUGCCAGACAUAAAAAUGUAGGGUCAGUUUAUCCUAUUAAAUCGUAAUGAAUUGAUCCCAUCAAUAGUAAUCAGUUGGCGGACGUACCCAUGUCCCUGUCCCCUAAGGAUGCCUGCCAGUCAACAGAAGGGUGGCUUCUAGCUGUGGUCUAUAUUAGGGAGAGUGUAAAGACUGAGCACCACAUGUCCCAGGAGAAGAUGUCAAUUUCCAUCAAUAAUAAGGACUGUACGCAGAAACCAAACCCUGUUCCUGUCUUGACUACAGCACCCCCCUCCUAUCCUCAGACAGACUGAAGGGUGAAUGGCAAAGCACAAAACCUCCCAUUUGAAGGCUCUGUUAAAGAACCACCAAACUACUCCCAUGACAUGACGUCCAAUCACUAACAAGCACCUUGAAGAGAGUACCACACCUCUGUUCCGGUAUCACCUAGUC